AUGGACCAGACACAGCCCGCACCGGGCUCCCUGAGCUGGCGCCUGAGCUCGCACCCGAUAACACUCCUUACAUUUUUGGGGUUUCGAAUCUCCAGUCUGCUGGUUUACCUCUUUGGCAUAUUCGUCACGAAAAACUUUGUCAUGAUCUUCAUCAUCACCAUCCUCCUGCUCGCCGCCGACUUUUACUACCUCAAAAACAUUGCCGGGCGCCGGCUGGUAGGCCUGAGGUGGUGGAAUGAAGUGGACCCUUCGACGGGCGAUUCGCGCUGGGUGUUUGAGAGCAGCGAGCCCGGCACAAAGGUGGUCAACCCCACCGACAGCCGCUUCUUCUGGAUCGCCAUCUACGCGCAGCCCGUCCUCUGGAUUGCCCUCUCGCUUGUUGCCAUACUUACAUUUAACCUUAUCUGGUUGCCGCUUGUCGCUAUUGCGCUCGUCUUGACGAUUACAAAUGGUCUUGCCUUUUCGCGGUGCGACAAGUUUAGCCAGGCGUCGAACAUUGCCGGGAGUGCCCUGAGCUCGGGCAAUCUUGCAGGCAAUCUCGCGAGUAACAUGGUAGGGAGGUUCUUUUCGAGAUAAAACAAUGCUGGCUAGGCAAGGAAGCCAUGGGGCAGAGCAGUUCCAAGAUGGCGGCCUCUAUAUAUUAGAGGAAGAGGUGGCUGUUUUCGGGUUGCAACUACAUCUGGUACGUGUUGGGGUUCGGGCAGGAAGUACUUUGCUAGUCGUUCGUGGUAUAAUUCAAGUGCACGGAUUUGGCGUUUGGGUACGGAGGUCACAUCUAUAUGUUUCGCCAAUUUGAUCACUUACCAUUACACAGUGCCUACUGGCCGGCUUACCAACUAUCGGCAAAGAGGUAGAUGUGUUAUGUUAUGCAACGUGUUAUCCUGUGGAACGAAUGACGGCCCAAUGCUAUGUGCGG